CAUCAAACAGGAAGGAGCGUGCGGCUACUCGCGCAAAUCACAAUGGGAUUGGGAGCAAAUGUUUAGCAAAAUCUUCCAAAAGAAUCGAAAGUUGGUUUGUGAUCAGUCAUCAUGGCUAUAGCGCACGCCGCCACUGAGUAUGUGUUCUCGGAUUUCGUGUUGAAGGAGCCUGCAACAGAUAACAGAUAUAAAGGCAUCAGGUUAGAUUUGGCUAUGGAUAAAAUGGUCACCUGUAUCGCGGUGGGUCUUCCUCUGCUGCUCAUCUCUCUGGCCUUUGCUCAGGAAGUGUCUGUCGGUACACAGAUUAGUUGUUUUUCUCCCACAAAGUUCUCCUGGCGUCAGGCUGCUUAUGUGGACUCGUAUUGUUGGGCAGCAGUUCAGACGCAGGACACCGGAGGCCUGCCAUUAUGGCUACAUAAGUUUUUUCCUUACAUCCUGUUGCUGGUGGCAGUGUCUGUGUACAUGCCAGCUUUGUUUUGGAGGUUCACGGGCGCCCCUGUCCUUUCCUCUGAUUUAACCUUUAUAAUGGAAGAACUGGACAGUUCUUAUAACCGAGCCAUCAAACUGGCCAAGAGUCUUCACACCUCCGGAGUACUGGACUCAGAGUCAGCUCGCGUAGACUCGCAAAGCUCUGUGCUGGACCUCACGGAGAGCUGCUUCAAAUAUCCUCUGGUGGAACAAUACUUGAAAACCAAGCGCUACUCCAUUGGUUUACUGGUCCGUUACAUCAUCUGCCGUGCCGUCACCUUCUUGGCCCUCCUGUUAGCCUGCAUCUACCUGUGCUAUUACAUUCGUCUCUCCGUUACAGACGAGUUUCAGUGUAAUAUCCGUUCGGGUGUGAUGGUCAAUGACUCCUCAGUACCUCCUCUCAUGCAGUGUAAACUGAUUGCUGUGGGCAUCUUCCAGCUCCUGAGCUACAUCAACCUGUGCAUGUAUUUGCUGCUGUUGCCAUUGUGUCUGUAUGCCGUGAUGGUUCCCUUCAGAAUGACGACGGGAUUUUUAAAGCCCUUCGAGAUGCUGCCUACAAUAGGAGUGAUGCACUUUGAAAGAAUGGCCUGGGAUGACCUGGCACUUUAUCUGCUGUUUCUGGAGGAGAACCUCAGUGAACUGAAGAGUUACAAGUGCUUGAAGGUUAUAGAGCUGUUAAAGGAGACUGGCGAUGAGUCGAUCGAUACCAUGCUGCUCUUACGGAAUCUUGCGCAGGUAAAAACAGACGCGGUGGAUGGCAGAUCACCCAAAGAUUUGAAAAACUCCAACAGCGCUGGCACUGAGAUGAAAGAGGUUUCUCCACUCCUGCAGGAUGACCGCUUCAAAAAGUGUGAAGAUGAUAAGGUUGUUCAUAAGAGGACCGUCUGAAUGGCUGUUUCUAUAGGGUACACACUGCCAGCAUCCUAUAGAGGCUUCCAACAUCCGUAAAAGCUGGAGACAUACACUUGGGAGGAAAAUGACAUUGGAUAGAAGUCUCUCUUGUGCUAUCCUUUUUUAAAAGCACGACUGCAUUACUCUGAACACAAUCCUCAUCUGGAACUAUUCACAUUUUCUGUGUUUGCUUGUGUGCGUGCGUGCGUGUAACCAAGCUGCCUGAACUGAACGUUUGCUUUAGCACAGUUAGAAAUAAUAUAAGAUGGUACAGUCAGAUUGUGUUCAGAUUGUGUUGAGUUAAAGGAUACUUCACCCAAAAAUGAAAAUUCUGUCAUCAUUUACUCACCUUCGAGUUGUUCCAAAUCUGUAUAAAUGUCUUUGUUCUGAUGAACACAGAGGAAGAUAUUUGGAAGAAUGCUUAUAACCAGACAGAUUUUGCCCCCCAUGGACUCCCAUUGUAGGGAAAAAAUACAAUGGUAGUCAAAAGUGCCCCAGAACUGUCCUACAUUCUUCAAAAUGUCUUCUUUUGUGUUCAACAGAACAAAACAAUGAUAAAGUAAUUUUUCCUACUAUGGGAGUCAAUGGGGGAAAUUAUCUGUCUUGUUAUUAGCAUUCUUCCAAAUAUCUUUCUCUGUGUUCAUCAGAACAAAGACAUUUAUACAGAGAGAUUUGGAACAACUCGAAGGUGAGUAAAUGAUGACAGAAUUUUCAUUUUUGGGUGAAGUAUCCCUUUAGUUUCGUUUUGUGUGUAUGUAUGUGGUGGAAGCUCCAAAUUGUGUUAUUUACUUUAAUUCUCCUACAGUGUGAUGCUCGAAACACAGAAAAUGAAUGAGAAACUAUGACUUGAACACUUUGUCGUUAUUACUGUAGUAAUAACAAUUUAGACCUGUUCUGGUACAAUUAAAAUGUUAGUAGCAUUGUUUGUCGGUUAUUGCAAUUCAGCAUAAAGAGUUAUAGCUGAUCUGUGCUGACAAAAUACUUUAAACCACUGCCAAGAAUGGACAUAAAUCACUAGUACAUAUAAAAGUUUUAUAUUUCAUAGGCAUCCAUUUUCGUCUGUUUUUUGAACCCUAUCCACAUUUCACAUUGCUUUUGGAGUUGUAAAAUAAUUAUUUAUAAUAUUUUUAUGAUGACCUACAGGAUAAGUUGUACGAAAUAAGUGUAGAAUUAGAAAUGUGAAAAAGCUUUAAGACUGCUGCCCCACUCCUAUUUAUAUAUUAACUGUGAUAAAAAGAGAAGUGAUACGACACGGUCAGUUGACUAAACCUUUUAUCUACUUUGAUCAAUGUGGGUAACUGCAAAAGGUUAAGCUCUUGCAACAAAAUCAAGCAGCAGAUAAUCACAUUGCAAGCAUCAUGGAAGAUCAAGUGACUUUAAAAGGAGUGGAUUUUUUAAAAGUGAUUUCAAUGGGGAAAUUAUGUGUGAAAUUACACGGGUGUUGUUACGUGGUGCAUGUUUAUUAUUUUUUGUGUAUAAGGAAAACGUGUGUGGGUUUUUUUGAGAUAUCAGAGGUAUGUUCUGCUUUGUAUUUGUAUGGUCUCUGUGCUGUAGCAUUAAAGUGGAUUGAUUUUUGUA